GCUUCCUUUACUCCAUCUAGCGUCGUUUGACUGGCAUAUUCAUUUUCUGCUGGUUCUUUCUCCCAUACGUGUACUUUUAGUUUAUUAGAUUUCGUUCAGUUUUAGUAAAUAUCACCCAUGGCUAUCAGAACCUUAACUAGAACUCUUUUUUCUGGCAUUGGUCGAAGUUUAUCAGCUCCUCGACAGUGUGUUCCGAAACCAAAUUUUCCAUCAUUGAUUCGAUUUUCUUCAUCUGAUUCAGCUGCAUAUACUGCGACUUACGAUUUUGAAACACUUACUGUUACGGCUCCCGAUGAUCAUAUUUUGCAUGUGGAACUCAACCGACCUGAAUGCUACAAUGCGAUGAAUAAAAUGUUUUGGCGAGAGAUGCUUGAUUGCUUCCGUAAAAUCCGAGAUGAUAGAUACUGUCGAGCUGUUAUUAUAUCUGGUUCUGGUCAACUUUUUUCAGCUGGUUUAGAUUAUUCUGAUAUGCAGGAUAUAACUUCUCAGGUAGCCGGGAAAGGUGAUGUAGCUAGAAAAGCGAAAUUUCUUCUCUCACUUAUAGCUAAAUAUCAAGAAUCUUUCAAUGCAGUUGAGAAUUGCCAGAAGCCUGUUAUUGCUGCCAUCCAUGGAAAAUGCAGUGGAGGAGGAGUAGAUCUUGUUUGUGCUUGUGAUAUCAGAUAUGCUUCAGAAGAUGCAUUUUUUGAAAUUGAGCAAGUAGACGUUGGAAUGGCUGCCGACUUGGGAACCUUGCAGCGAUUGCCGAAAAUAGUGGGAAAUGACAGUUUAAUUAGAGAGUAUGCGUAUAGCUGUGCUAAGAUAGAUCCUGAAGAAGCAAAACAUAUAGGACUUGUUGGAAGAGUUUUUCCAACUAAAGAAGCCAUGAUGACUGCUGCUUUAGGUUUGGCUAAAGUUAUUGCUUCCAAAAGCCCUGUUGCUAUUCAAGGAACUAAAGUUGCCUUGAACUUUUCUAGAGACCACAGUGUGCAAGAUGGACUCCAGUUUAUGACGUAUUGGAAUAUGACCAUGCUUCAAAGUGAAGAUGUUUUAAAAGCUGCUGAAGCAACUAUCAAUAAGUCUGAUAAACCUCCCCGGUAUUCGAAAUUGUGAUCAGUGAAGUGUGGUGGAAAUUUUUUUUUACACGCCUUUUGUUUUUGUGAAUGUGGUUUCAGUAUUUCAGAAAAAGAUUUGUCAAUAAGAUACUUAUGCUUUGUCUCAGUUAAAUGUAAUCUUAUUACUAGUUAAAGUAAGAAAAAUAUUUAAAGGGUAUUGUUAUAUAUUGUGAUAAAGACAAUUUUUCUCUUUUUUUAUUUAUCUAUAUUGUAACUGCUUCACUUUUCUUUGUUAUUUUUAAAAUUUUAAACAGAACUGUAAAAUGUUGAGGUGAAUAAACUCUUAUUUCAAUAAAA